CAGCUAUUCACAUUCAUAUGUUGUAUCAGUAUAUAUAGUCCUGCCUGUUAUUACAGUAGCUGAUCAUCUUGCCUUACUUGCCCGGGUUCAAAAAUGGCGGAAUUUAAGCAUUUGGUAGUGGCUAAGUUCAAGGAUGGCGCGGUGGUGGAUGAUAUCCUCAAAGGCAUGGAGAAACUUGCUUCAGAAAUUGACACUGUCAAGUCCUUCGAAUGGGGCCAGGACGUCGAAAGCAUGGACAUGCUGAGACAAGGCUUCACACAUGCCUUCUUGAUGACAUUCAGCAGCAAAGAAGACUUCACUGCUUUCAUGAGCCAUCCAGACCAUCUCCAAUUCUCUGCUACUUUCUCCGGAGCCAUAGAGAAGGUCGUGCUACUUGAUUUCCCGGCUGUUCUUGCCAAAUCACGCUGAUAUGUCGGAGCUGUAUCCAUCACCAACAUAUAUAUUUAGAUGUUAUAUGUGUAUUAAUGGAGCCUAUUACGAAAAUAAUGCCUGAGAUCUGCUGUAUGUGAUUUUCGGGUGAGUAAUUUGUUUUGUUUCUCAUCUUGUUUGUUUGUUUUGUAACUUUUGUUUUGUUUUGUUGCAUUGACAUUGUAAUGUAUGUUUCUAAGUGACCAAUUUGAACUAAGUGACA